AUUUUUGUCUGAACCCAUGUUUAUGUACAUGUGUCGCUGCGACCGAUUCAAUGCCAAAACCAGUUUUUGUCUUUUUCUCAAGUUCGCCAAAUGACGGCAAGCAAUUUUAGGGAAUACCACAGAAGCGCCUCUUCUUGCCUCUCCAGAAAUCAAUUGACACGUUUCAAAUGGGAGUUUUAACUGAUUAUUAUCUGUUAUUGUGUUUAAUGUCCGAUUCUAUUGCUCAUUUCGAUCCAUGGAUGGUCUUGGCCACCGCUUUAAACUACACAGCUAUGGUCUACACAGCUGAUUCCGAACACGUCGUGCAGUGUUAAGUUAAAAUAAACAUAUCCGUACCGUUUUGGGUGAUUCGGCUUUACGUGCUAAUGCUUUAUUUCCAACUUUUGGGACGUGGGAUUUGGCUUCCUUUACAUGGCUUAAAUCUGUCGUUGCAUUUGUUUAUAUAACCCAGCCUUUGGCGAUUCAGAACGAUAAGAAAGAUUUCUUUUACUGUCAAUGCUAGAGCUUCGUUUUUUUUGUCCAAGCUUAACGUUGAUUAAUUGUUGACAAUAAGCGAAUAUGCAUAUCUAAGUCCUCAGGAGAGAUCAAUUAGUGAUUUAACAAUCUAUGGACUGUACAAAGAAUACAGUCUGUUCUUUCCAAACUCUCGAUUAUACAAACGAAGAUGAGAUCAAAACAAAAGAAAAUUCUUUUUGGACUCUUAUACAGCGAGAGAAUUUCUUUGACUCAAAAAGCUGGCCUGGCGCCCUGCUAAUUAGUUCGCAAAUCGAGCAUGUUAAACAAUUUGAGUCAUCACCACGAGUGCUCGUAUUUCCCUGGGGCCACCGCUUCGCUCAAGAAGUCCAUUCAUUGUCCGACAUAAUUGUUUUGUUUGCCCGCAGACACAAUCGAGCCACUGUUGGCACUCGAUCAAAUUUCGUAUUGUCGGACGCUUUGUUUUGCUUGCCUUUCAAUUAGUGAAGUCGACUUACAGACCAAUAACAUGGCUCUGCUAUACGUCUGCUAAUUCCUUCAGUAUUUCACACACAGCUCCUCAGUUCGCGUCAAGACUUCAGUGAACGUGGUGGGUGCUCUCUGCUCGGUCGAAUCGAAAACUCCAUUGAAAAACCCGGCAAAACAGGGGCAGCUAUUUUUAGAUCGGAAUUACGAAUGUCAAUGUUAAUUAACUCGUAAGCUAGCGUGUGAUUUUGCCGGUGUCUAAAGCCCGCUCCACCGUAACCGGUUGCCGUGUGUUCGCAUACUUACACCCACUCCCCGGGGAAUUCCCCAGUACCUGAAGUUUCUGCGCCGGGCAGUGAGUGAAAAAUAUUUAGAGAGACCUGCGUUAUGAACAUUAUGGAUAUGAGGAUCUGUUGAUUUCUUGAGAAGCGUUUCUGUGGUUACCCACCUUCAGCAAACCUGAUAAAAUAUCACUGCCAACUCGUAACGCAAGUCGAAUUUAAAACCGAAACCAUGUUUCGUUAAAGCGUUUUGCAAGGCGACAAAAAACCCACAAACCCCAAGAGACUCUCACAGAGGUUUGACUGUGUUUUUGUUUACCCAUCCAUACCUGGUCAGUGUUUUCAGCUAUCGACACCGCCGAACGUGAAAUGCAAGUGCCAACGAAGUUCCCCAUUGAUCUAUAACUGGAAUGUGAGCGAACUGAAACAACAACAGGAAGAACUCUGUUGAUCAGCAGCAAACAACUUCAAGUUGUCCACAUUACUCAUCACAUUCAUCACCUGAGCCUGCUCUGUCUUCAGAACCUCCAUUAUGCCGAAGAAAAUCCAGCAACGAGGUGGAUCCCUUUACUGUGGAGUUACUCUGUUGGGUAUCCUGUGCUUAGUAGUAUUUCGUCUGAUUCCGGGAAUUCCAUUCGGGGCUUUCGUCAUGGCCGAGAAGGACCACUACCACACUAUAGAUGACCCGAAUGUUCCCUGCAACUUCUAUGAUACUGUCAACCUUACAGGGCACAGGGUCUUUCCCAACGGAAGCUACGACUUUUAUGGCACGAUUAUUCCAAGAAACCUGGUCGGCACAUAUGACUACAUACACAGGUCACUAACGGAACGCAUAGAGGUCCCGAUGCACGUACGUGGUUGCGUCUGCAAAUUGAAGGCCUGCCUCAACAUCUGCUGCCCGUGGCGACAGGUCUACAACUCUAUCAAAGGUGAAUGCAUGGUGGACCACGCGGACAAUCGCACCUGGCCAGAUCCACCCAUGCUCAAUGUGACCUUCGCUAAUGAAACGAUAGAACCGGUAAACAUCUUCAAGCAGUUUGCGAUCCAAAGCUUCCGCCCCUGCCCCCAGAUGUUUUCCCUGCAGCCAGAAUUGUACAACUUCGAUGAAUAUCGCAUUUUUGCGAACGGCUCUAUGCUUCGCGUGGACGAUAAAGUGCACAUCAGAAAGAACGAAUUCUGCCUUGUGCCGACCUUUGUGAACGAUACGGACACUUACUACAGCCUGAAUCCGGCCAACUGUGACAUGGCCGACGAGCACAGCACAGUGAAGAUCAUCAAUGCCUAUGCCAUGCUCUUCUCGAUUCCCUUCAUGUUGCUGACCAUAGCCGUUUACCUGUUGAUCCCCGAGCUUCGGAAUCAGCACGGCAAGAGUUUGGUCUGCUAUUUGGUGGGUCUAUCCGUAGGCUAUACCGCGCUGUGUUACGUACAACUCUACACGAACAUUGAUGCCUUGGGCGUGAAAUGCAAGCUGUUCGGAUAUACGGCCUAUUUCUUUUUCAUGUCUGCCUACCUGUGGCUGAACGUUAUCAGUUUUGACCUGUGGCACAACUUUCGAGGAACGAGAGGCAUCAACAGGUUCCAGGAGAAGAAGCGGUUCCUGUUCUAUUCGCUGUACUCUUGGGGUUUGGCCGUCGUUUUUCUGGCCUUCACGUUUUUCGCCCAGGAAUUCACCAGUUGGCCCUCAUAUCUAAAACCGGGAAUCGGAGAUGGCACAUACUGCUGGCUGGACAUGAACAACUGGUCGGCCAUGAUCUAUUUCUACGGCCCCAUUCUGGCGAUAGUCGUGGCCAAUACAAUCAUGUUCAUAAUGACGGCGAUCAAGAUCCACGGCGUGCAGCGGGAGAUGGCGAGGAUAAUUGCAAGCGAGAAUAGCACCAAGAACCUGCGAACCGAAAAAGACAAGUUCGGCCUCUUCCUGCGCCUCUUCCUCAUCAUGGGCGUCACCUGGCUGUCGGAACUUGUCUCCUUUUUCGUGGGCAGCAACAAUAACUUGUCCAAGAUCUUCUACAUCUCGGAUCUGGCCAAUGCCAUGCAGGGCUUUCUCAUCUUUAUGCUGUUCGUGAUGAAGAAGAAGGUCAAGAGCUUGAUCACAAACAGAACGAUUCGGGUGCGUAGUCUGCGGCAGACUGAGAGCGUUACGAUGGGUCCGACCUCGAUAACCAUGCGACAGCGCUUUAUGGACGCCUCCAACCAGAUCCGCAAGUUGGUGGUCAUCCGCAACGCCUUCGCCAAUGGCUCUACCAGCGGUAUUCACUCACAUGAAGUCUGAUUUGUUCCCGUCGAUUGCAAUGCUCGAGUGUGCGGGAUGGCAGCAACCAACGUCAGAGCCAGUACUCCACCAAAACUACGUCGAGCAGCGUGGCCAACCUGUCGCUGCACGAGAAGCCGUCGGUGGAGAAGCCGCUGGUGAUCAGUUCCAGUGUGGAUC